CUCUAAUUGGCUAAGAAGCAAGCCCAACAAGGAAGUUACAAGCGGGAACGCGGAAACUUCACUAGCCUGCUGGAAGUAAAGACUGAUAUCAUUUGAACGUCAUGGCCAGCAGCAGAAGAGUGGUAGUGUUCCCGUCCUCUGCAGAGCUCGGCCCCGUGUUGGCCCAGCUGGUGUGCGAUCGGGCGCAGAAGGCCCUGAGCGCUGGUAGGAGCCAGUUCUCCCUGGGUCUGUCUGGGGGCAGUUUAGUGUCCAUGCUCAGCAAAGAGCUGCCUGCACAACCUGGUCUGGACUGCAGCAAGUGGGUGGUAGGCUUUUGCGACGAGAGACUCGUUCCUUUUGAUGACGGAGAAAGCACCUAUGGACUGUACAAAAACCAACUUUUCUCCAAAAUCAACAUUCCAGACGAGGGUAUUUUAGCAAUAAACCCCUCUUUACCUGUGGAGGAGUGUGCAGAAGAUUAUGCUCACAAAUUAAGUCAGGUCUUCCCCAAUGAGGACGUGCCGGUGUUUGACAUGUUGCUGUUGGGAAUGGGGCCGGAUGGACACACAUGCUCCCUGUUCCCCGGCCAUCCCUUACUACAGGAAACCCAGAAGGUAAUCGCCCCCAUCAGUGACUCCCCGAAGCCUCCCCCUUGCCGGGUCACCAUGACGCUUCCUGUGGUGAACGCGGCUCGCUCUGUGGUGUUCGUGUCCACAGGAGGGAGCAAAGCACCCGUGCUGAAGGAAGUUCUGGAGGGUGGUGAUGGCCCAGCCCUUCCAGCAGCACUCGUUGUCCCCACUCAGGGAGAGCUGCUCUGGCUCGUGGAUGAGCCAGCGGCAGCCUCCCUAACCCUGGGGGUGGAGAGACCUGGGCCUGGUGCCAAGCUGUGACAUCAAACAACGCGCCUGUGAAGCACUUACUGAAAACACUAAAAGUAUGCACCUCUGAACACUGGUAAUUGACUGAUAUUACAGUGUAGCCUACUAGGGAAAUGACAUGCAUUUGUGGCAGACUACUGUAAGUAGGAACUGACUCGAAGGAAGUUGAAACUGUAGAUCAGAAGGUUGUGGACCACAAAUAAGUGAAGAUUUGCAGAACUUUGUAAUACAGAGUGACAGAUCCAAUCUGGCCUGCACAGGAUGUCUGCUUAUCUAGUGAGUGUACAAUAAGUUGUCUGCAUGUACACAAAUGUAACAAAUAAACGAGUUAGUGAAUAUUGA